UGUUGGUCAGUACUUUGCCGGCAGUCACCUCAAGUUGCUGCAAAGUCGAAGCUGCCAGCAAGUCCAUUCAGUUGUCAAAGCAACCGGCCACCUGCCUAUACAACAUAACUAUCCAACAACAGGCAUCCAGUCUAUUUCUCUGCUAUUUCAGUCCAUCAGUUUAAAAUAAAAUCAACUACUUUUUGCAUCAACUUCAAAGUUUAGUUUUCUUUCGAACGACAAAUCCUUCUUAGCAGAUAAUUAUGGCGAUUAACGUGACGGCAAUGGCUCAGCAGCAGCCGUUCAACCCAUGGGUACUUCCCGACUCUUUCACCGUCUACGCCUUCGCGCCGGAAGAGAUCCGCAGUUUCCUUCAUCCGCAUUGGCAAACCCAGAAAGCUCCGCACCCAAUGAUUUACUAUCUAUUCGGGAUUCUCUAUUUGGUCAUUGGCGUGAUGGCUACUUCUGGCAACUUCAUGGUAUUGAGAAUCUUGGGAAGCUUUCCGGCACUGAGAACACCAGCCAAUAUGCUCGUGAUGAACCUGGCCGUCUCCGAUUUCCUUUUGAUGAUCACUCUUCUACCUGAGGCAUGCUACAACUUUUUCACUGGAGGACCGUGGCGUUUUGGCGACUUAGGUUGCCAGAUUCACGCAUUCUGCGGUGCCUUGUGUGGAUACAGCCAAAUUACGACUCUGGUUCUCAUUUCGUGGGAUCGGUACAACGUCAUCGUCAAAGGAUUCAACGCUGCCCCGUUGACUUUUGGAAAGGCAUCGACACUUAUCAUUUUGAGCUGGUUGUGGUCCUUUGGAUGGUCUGUGUGUCCGCUAGUUGGAUGGGGUUACUACGCCAUGGACGGAAUGCUGGGAACGUGUUCUUUCGAUGGAGUAACCACCAAUAUGAACAACAAGACCCACAUUCUGGCCACUACCCUUGCUAUCUACGUCAUUCCCGUCAUCAUCAUCAUCAGCUGCUACUAUUUCAUCGUCCGUGCUGUCUUCCACCACGAAGAUGAAUUGCGUCAGCAAGCCAAAAAGAUGAACGUCACUUCGCUGAGGAGCAACAGUGACCAGCAGGCUGUUUCUGCGGAAAUCCGCAUUGCUAAAGUCGCUUGCAUUAACGUGACGCUUUGGGUAUUGGCCUGGACUCCGUUCACCGUUGUUUGCAUGCUGGGCACCUGGGGAGACACUUCCAAGAUCACUCCGUUGAUUUGUGAACUCCCUGUUAUUCUGGCGAAAACUUCCUGCGUUUACAAUCCCAUCAUCUACGCCCUAUCGCACCCUAAAUAUCGAGAGUGCUUGAAAGAACUCUACCCUUGGCUGUGUAUUGUUGUUGAAACCAAGAAAAGCGGUAGACAUGGCGGAGACGAUCAAUCGACUAACUCGACUAAAACGGAAGCUUCCGGAACAACCCAGGGUUGACGGACCGAGAGUACCGAAAAUGUUUUCAAAACUCUUCUCUGAACAGACAUAUGCACUCUUCUCACAUGACGUUUACACUGGACACAGGAAGUGAAUAAUUCCUGAAUUCGAAUUUGAAUUCAUGUUAAAAAAUUUAUUUCCGAUCAUCUCUCAACCUCAGAAACAACUUAGGUCCUGCAUAUAUUGUUAAAUCAAAAUCCUCCUAUUACGAUAGAUUUAAGACCUAUUAAUAAGAACCCGUUAACAAAAUCGGUAUAUUAAUUACGUCCAGUACUGUAUUUAAAUGAACAUAUUAUUGUAGCACUAUGAGAAAUACACAUUUA